CAAACAUCUAGAACAAAAAUAAAGAAGACACAAAAGCAUUGAUUAAAGCUUUGAAAUCAUUAGUAAUUUUAGGAAUGUGUUUAUAUUUGACCUACAUCUCUAAAGUGAAAUAUGGCAAGAAAUCCUUCACAUAUCAGUCGUUUACUGACGACAGUUUUAACAAAGAGCAACAUAACAAACAGACGCGUUCUUUGUAGAGGGAUUCACUUGACAACAACUCAGCUUAAAGAUGGUAGCUCUAAUGAACAGAUAACAAUUAAUCCAAACUAUGAAAAUAGAAACCCAAGGAAUCUGGAGCUGAUGGGAUAUGCUAGAAAAAGUAAAGGAUGGAGGUUCCAGUACCCAGAUAGAGAAUACUACCACAGACUAGUCUAUGAGCGAACCAAGAAUUACAUUACUGCCAGUGUUGAGCAUUGUACAAAUGGGAUUGUGAUAUCAGCAUCAACUAAAGAACAUGCCAUUAGGAAGCAUCUGUACAGUGCCAUUGAUGCGUCUGCUGCUGAGAAUGUAGGUCAUGUCCUUGCUGAAAGAUGUAAACGCUGUGGUGUAGACUCUAUGGUGCCACAUAUACAUCCAGAUAAAUUGUCAGGAGAGAGGGUGCAGUCAUUCCUAACUGCUCUUCAAGAAGGCGGAGUAACAUUAAGUGAAACGCCUACCUAUGAGAAACCAUAUGAAUCUGGCAUUGACUAUGACAGACCAUCAGAUAAAGAACCUCGUUGGAAAGUACUUGAAAAGCAGGCCAAAGAUGGCCAAGAACUGAGAAAUGAAUUGCUGAAAAAUAAAGCUACCUGAUAUCAAGUGAUCUCCCAAGCAUUAAAGCCAAUGGAUGCCUAACACCACCCACUUGGGAUUUUGAAAAUAAGCUUACAAGUGAAAACACCAGAAAAA